GCCGGGCUGGGGCGCCAAGGGGCCGGUCGGGGUCGGGCGGCCGCCUCCCCCGGGCCUGGGAGGGUGCCCUAAAGAUAACACUUGUAGCAGACAUCCUCUUCUCUGCUGAUUGGAGCUGGAAUGGCUGCUGUCUUCCUUCCACGGGCUCCUGAAGAGCCAAAAAGGCUCUUAGAAGUAAGCAACAAAAAAAGCCCUGUCAGGGGUCAGGGAUCUGGCCCACAAGGGAGCAGCCCAAACAACCAGGAGUUAUCCCGCCAGCGCUUCCGACAGUUCUGCUACAAGGGGACUCCCGGGCCCCGUGAGGCCUUUAGCCAACUCUGGGUGUUCUGCUGUGAGUGGUUGAGGCCUGAGAUACACACCAAGGAGCAGAUGUUGGACUUGCUGGUGCUGGAGCAGUUCUUGACCAUCCUGCCUGAGGAGCUCCAGGCCUGGAUGCAAGAGCAUCAACCAGAGAGCGGGGAGGAGGCAGUGGCUAUGCUGGAAGAUCUGGAGAGGGAGCUGGAUGAACCAGGCCAGAAGGUUUCAACCCAGGCCUGUGCACAUGAAGUACUUUCUGAGACAUCGGUGCCUCUGGAUCCAGCUAAGGAAGCAACAUAUCUCCAGCCUCAACCCAUGGAAAUCCAGCCUAAGGGUGAAUGUCAGGACCCUCAACACCAACAGGAUUGUGAUGAUGUGAUCAGAAUUGAGGAAGGAGAAUCGAUUCAAAAACAGGAACUUACUGUAUCUGUGGAAUCCCAAGAAAAGGUAUCUGGCCAAAUCAAUGAAGAGGUUCCUAAACGUGGAAAAACCCCGAAACAUGAAAGAUAUCAGAGAAACACUUCAAGGGAGAGAAGAUAUAAGUGUGAUGAAUGUGGGAAAAGAUUCACUCAAAACUCAAGCCUCAUAAGACAUAAAAGAAUCCACACUGCAAAGAGACCCUAUUCGUGUAAUGUAUGCAGCAAAACUUUCACUCAGAGCUCACAACUUAUUGACCAUCAGAAAAUACAUAGCCGAUUAAAACCAUAUCAGUGUGAUAAGUGUGAGAAAGCCUUUUAUUACAGUUCACACCUUGUUCAGCAUCAAAGGACCCACACUGGAGAAAAACCUUUCCAAUGUAAUGAGUGUGGGAAAGCUUUUCAUUACAGCUCAGGCCUUAUUCGACACCAGAGGACCCACACAGGAGAGAAACCAUACCAGUGUAAAUUCUGUGGGAAAGCUUUCUGUCUGAGCUCAUAUCUGAUACAACAUCAGAGAGUCCAUACUGGAGAGAAGCCAUACCAGUGUAGUGAGUGUGGGAAAAGCUUCAGCCAGAGCUCAGGCCUCUUCCAUCACCAAAGAAUCCAUAGUGGGGAGAAACCAUAUGAAUGUGAUGAGUGUGGAAAGUCCUUCAGUCAUAGUUCAGCUCUUGUUGGACACCAGCGAAUCCACAGUGGAGAAAAGCCCUAUGAGUGUAAUGAGUGUGGAAAAGCUUUCAGUAACAGCUCACAUCUUCUGGGACACCGAAGAAUCCACACUGGAGAGAAGCCCUAUAAAUGCAGUGUGUGUGGAAAGACUUUCCGGCGGAGCUCACACCUCAUUGUACAUCAGAGAACUCACACUGGAGAGAAGCCUUAUAAAUGUGAUGAAUGUGGAAAAGCCUUCAUUCAACGCUCACAUCUCAUUGGACAUCAUAGAGUACACACUGGAGUGAAACCUUUUAAAUGUAAAGAAUGUGGGAAAGAUUUUAGUGGGCGCACAGGUCUUAUUCAGCAUCAGAGAAUCCACACAGGUGAAAAACCCUAUGAAUGUAAUGAGUGUGGGAGGCCCUUCCGAGUAAGUUCAGCCCUUAUUAGACAUCAAAGAAUUCAUACAGCAAAUAAGCUCUCUAACCCCAAUCCCACCCAGGACGGUCCCGCCUGUCACACUGGCGGAGACCACCACACCUGGCGCCCUCACUCCGACACUCACCCGCCAGCCCUUCUCUCCCGACCGCCUCCGGCUCCUGACUCCGGGCCCAGCGCACACCGCCGCUCUAGCACCGGGCCGCAAACCCCUUCCCCAGCCCGGGGCGCUCUGGAACCAAACACUGGGUUCCCCCCUGGAAAGAGGCGCAGCGCCCCCACGUGGAGGAAGAGGAGACCUGUUUGGGGGCGUCCGGGAACGCACUGUCCCGGAGCGGUUCGGACGCGGUGGACCGCUACAGCGGCAUUCUCGCAAAGCGCAUCAACCGAGGAGCUGCGGAAACCUCCAGGAUUCCACGAGAGGCCCGACAGUGACUUUGGGAACAGGCUUCUGCCGCGGCCUGCAGCUUCCUAUCCGGGCCCUCCGCACAGCUGUCAACCGCAGUCUGCGGCUUCCCAGAGCGCGGGUCCGGCGGGCCCAGGCACGGAGUGGGCCGAGACCUUAGGGGCCUCCGGGUGGAGGAGGGGCUGUACGGAGCCGCCGCCUCAGCAGAGACCCGAGCGGCCGCGGGCGGGCAAAGAAGGCUUCUGCCGCUGCAGUCCGGCCGGCCGGGCGGCGCCUCAGGCUCCGGGCAGGGGCGGGCUGGGGAAGGGCGCGAGGAGCGUCCCUCCGCUCACGUCUCAGUCGUGCAACCCUGCGUCGCGCACACACGGGAGGAAUCCGGCGCACCGCCUACCGCCUAAGAGGGGCGUAGCCCCUCCGUCCCCGCUGUCGGCCGACCAUAGAGCUUUCAGACCUCCAGGAUUCCUAGAGAGCUUCCGGAAGUGCCUGUGGGGCAAGAUGCGUGUUGGCCGGUGUUGUGCCGCCGCAGGUUUGGAAGUUAGGAGCUGGAGGGGCCUGGCCCGGUUACAGCUUUCGACCCGUUUUCUCCCCGCCCUUCCUCAGGUGCGCCCACCCUUGGCAGUCUCCCUUCCCCACCCUGGGCAGCCCCUGGAACUCACGGUGAGUACGCUUGGGGCUCUGGGCCGGGGGAAGGGGAGCGCUUUGUGGCCAGACCAGGCCGCAGCCGAGGACAGGCCUGAGGGGUCUGGAGAGGGGCCCGAACCGAGGUCGGAGUCCCUGGCCGCUUUAGCUGCCGGCGCAGGCCGAAUGGCUGCAGAAUCAAGAAAGUCUUUAGCCCCAUCCCCUCCAGACCAGGCUCCUGAAGAGGACCUUGUAAUUGUUAAGGUGGAGGAAGAUCAUGGUUGGGACCAGGAAUCAAGUCUACAUGAAAAUAACCCUCCUGGCCAAGAGCUGUUCCGCCUGCGCUUCAGAAAGUUAUGCUACCAAGAGACACUAGGACCCCGAGAAGCUCUUAUUCAACUCCGGGCACUUUGCCAUCAGUGGCUGAGGCCAGAUUUGAAUACCAAGGAGCAGAUCUUGGAGCUGCUAGUGCUGGAGCAGUUCUUGACCAUCCUGCCUGAGGAUCUCCAGACUCUGGUUAAGGAACAUCAGCUUGAGAACGGAGAGGAGGUGGUCACGCUAUUGGAGGAUUUGGAAAGGCAGAUUGAUAUACUAGGACGGCCAGUCCCGGCGCGUGCACAUGGACAUAGGGUAAUGUGGGAGGAGUUGGUGCAUUCAGAAUCUGCACCAAAGUCUCCAGAUACUCAGCUCCAACCUGUGGCAACCCAGCAGAAAUCUCCAGUGCUCCAAGGGCCACAAGAGAGAGCCAUAUCUACUCAGAGUCCUGCCCCUCCCCAGAAAGGAAGUCCUGGAGACCAGGAGAUGACAGCUACACUUCUUACAGCAGGAUUCCAGACUUUGGAGAAGAUUGAAGACAUGGCUGUGUCCCUAAUUCGAGAGGAGUGGCUUCUUGAUCCAUCACAGAAGGAUCUGAGUAGAGAUAACAGGCCAGAGAAUUACAGAAACAUGUUCUCCCUGGGUGGUGAGACCAGGAAUGAGAACAGGGAAUUAGCUUCGAAACAGGUAAUAUCUACUGGAAUCCAACCACAUGGAGAAACAGCUGCCAAAUGCAACGGGGAUGUUAUCGGGGGUCUUGAGCAUGGAGAAGCUCGAGACCUUCUGGGCAGAUUAGAGAGGCAGCGGGGAAAUCCCACCCAAGAGAGACGACAUAAAUGUGAUGAAUGUGGGAAGAGCUUUGCUCAGAGUUCAGGCCUUGUUCGCCACUGGAGAAUCCACACUGGGGAGAAACCCUAUCAGUGUAAUGUGUGUGGUAAAGCCUUCAGUUACAGGUCAGCCCUUCUUUCCCAUCAGGAUAUCCACAACAAAGUAAAACGCUACCACUGUAAGGAGUGUGGUAAAGCCUUCAGUCAAAACACAGGCCUGAUCCUGCACCAGAGAAUCCAUACUGGGGAGAAGCCGUAUCAGUGCAAUCAGUGUGGGAAGGCUUUCAGUCAGAGUGCGGGCCUUAUUCUGCACCAGAGAAUCCACAGUGGGGAGAGACCCUAUGAAUGUAAUGAGUGUGGGAAAGCUUUCAGUCAUAGCUCACACCUCAUUGGACAUCAGAGAAUCCACACUGGGGAGAAGCCCUAUGAGUGUGAUGAGUGUGGGAAAACCUUCAGGCGAAGCUCACAUCUUAUUGGCCAUCAGAGAAGCCACACUGGGGAGAAACCGUACAAAUGCAAUGAGUGUGGGAGGGCCUUCAGUCAGAAGUCAGGCCUUAUUGAACAUCAGAGAAUCCACACUGGAGAAAGACCCUAUAAAUGUAAAGAAUGUGGGAAAGCUUUCAAUGGGAACACGGGCCUCAUUCAGCAUCUGAGAAUUCACACAGGGGAGAAGCCCUAUCAAUGUAAUGAGUGUGGGAAAGCCUUUAUUCAGAGGUCGAGUCUCAUUCGACAUCAGAGAAUCCACAGUGGAGAAAAACCUGAAUAUAGGAGUUUAGGAAGAAACUUCAGUCAUAGUUUGGGCAUUAUUCAGCAUUAGAGAAACCAUAUGCCAUCAGUGGAAAUCCAUGUUCCCAUGCAAACUCAGAAUGCUAUAUUUUUAACAGCACUCCAGCAUUUUUCUUCAUAUAUCACCUUCACUGACUCCACUGAGUCAUUGAGCAUCCAUACGUAUCCUUCACAACCCCCAGUCCCAGUACCUGUGUCAGCAAAGGAAGUGGACGCAUUAGUGAUGGUUGUGGGAUGUUGCAGAGAAAGAGCUUGUAUGUCCGAACCAGUAUACUGUCAUCCUGCAAAAACAGAAACCAGUUUAAGAAGCAAAGUGUUUAUCAAGGAACAAAGAAUUGAGAUUUCAGGAGCACAGAUUCAGGUAGAAACCCAAAUAGAGUCCAGUCCUGCUAGGGAGGACACUCAAAGUCCGGGGUGGCAUUUAAGUCUAACGGGCUUUUGUCUAAGGGCUUUAAAAUGGAGCCAGGAAGCUAUUAAGGAAAUGGGUCUUAUAGACGUCCUCACGGAGCAGAACAUGAACUUUUUAACAGAGUUAACACUGCAAGAAACCUGCGGGCAUCAACUCUCGAACCACCGAGAAGGAAGCCUCCGCGAUCCUAGAGCGGCCCCCAGGUGCCCAGGGGCGGGGUUCCGCGGAAGGCGACCUCUCCAGGCCAGUGGUGGCCUGAGUCGGUCGUCAGGUUGUGUAACUGCACAUCUCCAGGCCGACUCCCCAGAGGCCCUGGGAGCAAGGAUGGCGGGGGCGCAGGGGCUCUGCGGCCAGAGCCCUACCAAGCCCGGAUCUUGGGCUGAGGCCCGCAGUCCCCAGCAGCGUCUUCGGGGCUCGGAGGAGACAUAA